UAAAAAUACAAGAUGAUUAUUCCAAUCAGAUGCUUUACUUGCGGAAAGGUGAUUGCUCACAAGUGGAACAAGUUCAUCGAGCUGAAUUCUGGAGGAGAUGAUCAGAAUGGAUCAGGUGAUGAUCAACAUCAGCAUGUUGCAGUUGGAGAUACAUUAGACAAACUUCAGUUGAAGAGAUAUUGCUGCAGAAGAAUGAUACUGACCCAUGUCGACUUGAUCGUGAAGCUCUUAAGCUAUAACAUCAUGGCUGGUCAGACUGCAUAAUCAAUCCUCCCCAAUCUCAAGCUUGCAAACACACCUUUAUAAAUUCGAUAAUUUUGCAUAGCAGGCCAAUAUUCUUCAC